UGGGCUGUGCCGCCAUUUUGGAUUGUGUGGCUGAUUGGGACGUUUCGAGUGCUUCCACUCAGGUGCUUAUAGCGGCUUCGCUCCGGGCCGUUCCGCAGAUCACAGGCCGCGGCCCGCGUCCGAGUGUCAGGUUGGAGCCGGGAAGCGUGUCUGGGGGUAGCGGCGGGGGGGCCAGGAUGAGCGCGGAGGCGGCAGACCGGGAGGCGGCUACCUCCAGCCGGCCCUGCACCCCACCGCAGACCUGCUGGUUCGAGUUCCUGCUGGAGGAGUCGCUGUUGGAGAAACAUCUGCUCAAGCCCUGCCCGGAUCCUGCACCAGUUCAGCUUAUUGUUCAGUUUUUGGAACAGGCUUCGAAACCUUCAGUUAAUGAGCAAAAUCAGGUUCAGCCUCCACCUGAUAACAAGAGAAAUCGUAUUUUAAAGCUGCUUGCUCUUAAAGUUGCUGCACAUUUGAAGUGGGACUUAGAUAUAUUAGAGAAAAGUUUAUCUGUUCCAGUAUUGAAUAUGCUGCUCAAUGAACUCCUCUGCAUCAGUAAAGUUCCUCCUGGGACAAAGCAUGUAGACAUGGAUAUAGCCACUUUACCUCCAACCACUGCCAUGGCUAUCCUUCUCUACAAUAGAUGGGCGAUUAGGACAAUUGUUCAAAGUAGUUUUCCCGUCAAACAGGCGAAACCUGGACCCCCUCAGUUAAGUGUUAUGAAUCAGAUGCAACAGGAGAAAGAGUUAACAGAAAAUAUUUUGAAAGUGCUCAAAGAACAAGCUGCUGAUUCUAUUUUGGUGCUAGAGGCUGCCCUUAAAUUAAACAAGGAUCUUUAUGUCCACACCAUGAGAACUCUAGAUUUAUUGGCCAUGGAGCCAGGCAUGGUAAAUGGAGAAACUGAGAGUUCUACUGCUGGAUUGAAAAUCAAAACUGAGGAAAUGCAGUGCCAGGUGUGUUAUGAUUUGGGUGCAGUAUACUUCCAGCAAGGCUCUACAAAUUCAGCUGUCUAUGAAAAUGCCAGAGAAAAAUUUUUUAGAACCAAAGAACUAAUUGCAGAGAUAGGUUCAUUAUCUCUUCAUUGUACCAUAGAUGAGAAGCGGUUAGCUGGCUAUUGUCAAGCAUGUGAUGUUCUUGUACCUUCUUCUGACAGUACAUCUCAACAAUUGACUCCGUAUAGUCAAGUCCAUAUUUGUUUGAGAUCUGGCAACUAUCAGGAAGUAAUAAAGAUUUUCACCGAAGAUAACUUAACGUUUAGUUUACCUGUCCAGUUCCGACAGUCAGUACUAAGAGAACUGUUUCAGAAGGCUCAACAAGGAAAUGAAGCUCUAGAGGAAAUCUGUUUCAAAGUCUGUGCCUGUAACACAGUCCGAGAUGUAUUGGAAGGUAGAACAAUUAGUGUUCAAUUUAACCAGCUAUUUCUUAGAUCUAAUAAAGAGAAAAUAGACUUUCUUCUUGAGGUAUGUUCAAGAUCAAUAAAUUUAGAAAAAACUUCAGAUUCGUUGAAAGGAAACAUGGCUGCAUUUCUAAAGAAUGUGUGUCUGGGGUUGGAAGAUCUGCAGUAUGUUUUCAUGAUUUCUUCACACGAGCUUUUCAUUACAUUGUUGAAAGAUGAAGAACGAAAGCUACUUGUUGAUCAGAUGAGGAAGAGAUCCCCUAGAGUAAAUCUGUGCAUUAAACCUGUAACUUCAUUUUAUGAUAUCCCAGCUUCAGCAAGUGUCAACAUUGGCCAGUUGGAGCACCAGCUUAUAUUGUCAGUGGAUCCCUGGAGGAUUCGACAGAUUUUAAUUGAAUUACAUGGUAUGACUUCAGAGCGCCAAUUCUGGACAGUAUCUAAUAAGUGGGAAGUACCUUCUGUUUAUAGUGGUGUUAUUCUGGGAAUUAAAGACAAUUUAACAAGAGAUUUGGUUUACAUUCUCAUGGCAAAAGGUUUGCACUGCAGUACUGUUAAGGACUUUGCCCAUGCUAAACAGCUAUUUGCUGCUUGUUUGGAGCUGGUGACAGAGUUCUCACCAAAACUUCGCCAGGUCAUGCUGAAUGAGAUGCUGCUUUUGGAUAUUCAUACACAUGAAGCUGGAACGGGACAAUCAGGAGAGAGACCUCCUUCUGACCUUAUAAGUAGGGUUCGAGGAUAUCUGGAAAUGAGACUUCCUGAUAUUCCUCUUCGUCAAGUUAUAGCUGAGGAGUGUGUUGCUUUUAUGUUAAAUUGGAGGGAAAAUGAAUACCUUACACUACAAGUUCCCGCAUUUCUGCUUCAGAGUAAUCCAUAUGUAAAGCUUGGACAGCUUUUAGCAGCUACCUGCAAAGAACUUCCAGGCCCUAAAGAAAGUAGACGGACUGCUAAAGACCUUUGGGAAGUUGUCGUUCAGAUCUGUAGUGUGUCCAGUCAGCACAAACGAGGAAAUGAUGGCAGAGUUAGUUUAAUAAAGCAGAGAGAAUCUACACUAGGUAUAAUGUAUCGGAGUGAACUGCUUUCUUUUAUUAAAAAAUUACGGGAACCAUUGGUUUUGACUAUCAUUGUAUCACUUUUUGUGAAACUUCACAAUGUUCGGGAGGAUAUUGUGAAUGAUAUUACAGCUGAACACAUUUCUAUUUGGCCAUCCUCCAUUCCCAACCUCCAGUCAGUGGACUUUGAAGCUGUGGCAAUCACAGUGAAAGAGCUGGUUCGGUAUACACUCAGUAUAAAUCCAAACAACCAUUCCUGGUUAAUUAUUCAGGCUGACAUUUAUUUUGCUACCAAUCAGUAUUCUGCAGCUCUUCACUAUUACCUCCAGGCAGGAGCUGUGUGUUCUGAUUUCUUUAAUAAGGCCGUGCCCCCCGAUGUUUAUACAGACCAGGUAAUAAAACGAAUGAUAAAAUGUUGUUCUUUGCUGAAUUGCCACACACAGGUGGCAAUUUUAUGUCAGUUCCUCAGAGAAAUUGACUACAAAACAGCCUUUAAGUCGCUGCAAGAACAAAACAGUCAUGAUGCUAUGGACUCCUACUAUGACUACAUAUGGGAUGUUACCAUUUUGGAAUACUUGACUUAUCUUCAUCAUAAAAGAGGAGAAACAGAUAAAAGACAAAUUGCAAUCAAAGCCAUUGGCCAGACAGAAUUGAAUGCAAGCAAUCCAGAAGAAGUGUUACAGCUGGCAGCACAGAGAAGAAAAAAAAAGUUUCUCCAAGCAAUGGCAAAACUUUACUUUUAAGCAGUUAGUUAAAAUUUUUAAGCAGUUAGUUAAAAUUUUUAAACUUUUAUUUUUUAAACAAUGGCCUAAAAAAAAACAGUAUUAAAAGAUUAAGUUUAUAUAAUACAUAUGUACACAUUUAGUGGUGUUUUCUUUUCAGACAAAAUACUGAAACCAAUAUUAGUUUAAAAAAAAAAAAAAACUAUACAGAAGACUUCAUACCAUAACAAUAGCUUAAAUUUAUAAUUUCUCCAAAAGAAGAAACGAUUCACAUGUCUGGUAACAGAAUAAACUAGUAUAAUUUUUUUCUAAU